CAGACUUCCGGUUGGUUUGAGUAGAUCAACCUGUCCCCCACUUCCUCUCACCGGCCUCCAAACCUCACCCCUGGAUCCACCCAGCUGGAAAUUUUGAGCUCCUGGGUCCCUGGGGAGGAAGUCUUGUUGGGAGGGAAACAAGCCGGCCAACUGUACGUCAGUGAUUAUUUGAUCAUGCCCGCGUGCAGUAUGGACAGCACAGGUGGAAAGGCCACACUGAUGGCGCCUCCAAGUGAGGAGACGCCCCUGAUCCCUGAGCGCUCCUGCAGCUUGUCCUCUUCAGAGGCGGGGGCCCUGCACGUGUUGCUGCCCCCUCGGGGUCCCGGACCUCCCCGGCGCCUGUCGUUCUCCUUUGGGGACCAUCUAGCAGAAGAUCUGUGUGUGCAGGCUGCAAAGGCCUCUGGCAUCCUGCCCGUGUACCACUCGCUCUUCGCUCUGGCCACGGAGGACCUGUCCUGCUGGUUCCCCCCAAGCCACAUCUUCUCCGUGGAGGAAGUGGAAACCCAAGUCUUGGUCUACAGGCUCCGCUUUUACUUCCCCAACUGGUUCGGACUGGAGACCUGUCACCGGUUCGGGCUGCGCAAAGAUGUCACCAGUGCUAUCCUGGACCUGCCGGUCUUGGAACACCUCUUUGCCCAGCACCGCAGUGACCUGCUGAGCGGACGUGUGCCCUUGGGCCUGGGCCUCCAGGAGCAGGGCGAGGGCCUCGGCCUGGCCGUCCUGGACUUGGCGCGGAUGGCGCGUGAACAGUCCAGGCCGCCCGCGGAGUUGCUGCACACGGUCAGCUACAAGGCCUGCCUGCCGCCCGCCCUGCGCGACCUCAUCCACGGCCUGAGCUUCGUGGCGCGCAGGCGCAUCCGCAGGACCGUGCGCCGCGCCCUGCGCCGCGUGGCCGCCUGCCAGGCCGACCGGCACGAGCUCAUGGCCAAGUACGUCAUGGACGUGGAGCGGCUGCACCCGGCCGUGGCACACGAGACCUUCCGCGUGGGGCUCCCCGGGGCCGCGGGCGGACUGGACCGACGCGGGCUGCUUCACGUGGCCGGGGACACUGGCGUCGCGUGGAGCUCCGGCGAAAAUGAGGCCUUUCAGCCCUUCUGUGACUUCCCAGAAAUCGUGGACAUCAGCAUCAAGCAAGCACUGCGCCUCGGCCCGGCUGGGGAGCAGCGCCUGGUAACGAUCACCAGGACAGACAGCCAGAUCCUGGAAGCCGAGUUCCCUGGGUUGCCCCAGGCACUGUCCUUCGUGGCUCUCUUGGAUGGCUACUUCCGCCUGACCUGUGACUCCAGUCACUACUUCUGCAAGGAGGUGGCCCCACCACGAUUGCUGGAGGAGUUAGCUGAGCAGUGCCACGGCCCCAUCACCCUGGAUUUUGCCAUCCACAAGCUUAAGACUGGAGGCUCCCUUCCGGGCUCCUACAUUCUCCGCCGCAGCCCCCAGGACUUUGACAGCUUCCUUCUCACCGCCUGUGCCCAGACUUCCCUGGGCCCAGAUUACAAGGGCUGCCUCAUCCGUCGAGACCCCACUGGCACCUUCUCCUUGGCUGGCCUCAACCAAUCUCACAGCAGCCUUCGGGAGCUCCUGGCCACCUGCUGGGGUGCUGGGCUGCAUGUGGAUGGGACUGUCCUGAGCCUCACAUCCUGUUGCAUCCCUAGACCCAAAGAAAAGUCCAAUUUGAUUGUGAUCCGAAGGGGAUGCAGCCAGGCCCCCAUGUCCCCUGGUCAGGCCCAGCCCCAUCGUACCCUGAGCCAAAUGACCUUCCACAAGAUCCCCGCUGACACUCUGGAGAGGCAUGAGAACCUCGGCCAUGGCUCCUUCACCAAGAUCUACCGUGGCCAUCGCCACGAGGCCGUGGAUGGGGAGACCCGCAACACGGAAGUCCUCCUGAAGGUGAUGGACUCUAAGCAUAGGAACUGUAUGGAGUCCUUUCUAGAAGCAGCGAGCUUGAUGAGCCAGGUGUCUCACCCCCACCUGGUGUUACUCCAUGGCGUCUGCAUGGCUGACGACAGCACCAUGGUGCAGGAAUUUGUCCACUUGGGAGCGAUUGACACCUACCUGCGCAAGCGUGGCCACCUGGUCCCUGCCAGCUGGAGGCUGCAGGUGGUCAAGCAGCUGGCUUCUGCCCUCAACUACCUGGAGGACAAAGGUCUCCCCCAUGGCAAUGUGUCCGCCCGGAAGGUGCUCCUGGCUCGGGAGGGGGCCGAUGGGACCCCGCCAUUCAUCAAGCUAAGUGACCCCGGUGUCAGUCCCACGGUGCUCAGCCUGGAAAUGCUUGCCGACAGGAUCCCCUGGGUGGCCCCCGAGUGUCUCCGAGGAUCUCAGAUGCUUGGCUUGGAGGCUGACAAGUGGGGGUUCGGCGCUACAGUCUGGGAGGUGUUCAGUGGAGUCCCGAUCCCUAUCAGCUCCCUGGAGCCCGCCAAGAAACUCCAGUUCUAUGAGGACCGCCAGCAGCUGCCAGCCCCCAAGUGGACAGAGCUGGCCCUGCUCAUCGGGCAGUGCAUGGCAUACGAACCCAGCCAGCGGCCCUCCUUCCGUGCCAUCCUUCGGGACCUCAACAGCCUCAUUACCUCAGAUUAUGAGCUGCUCUCAGACCUGACACCGGGCGACCUGGCACCCCGAGAGGGGCUGUGGGGCGGCACCCAGCUCUAUGCUUGCCAGGACCCCACGAUCUUCGAGGAGAGACACCUCAAGUACAUCGCACAGCUGGGCAAGGGCAACUUUGGCAGUGUGGAACUGUGCCGCUAUGACCCACUGGGGGACAACACAGGCGCCCUGGUGGCCGUGAAGCAGUUGCAGAACAGUGGGCCUGACCAGCAAAGGGACUUCCAGCGCGAGAUCCACAUCCUCAAGGCGCUGCGCAGCGACUUCAUUGUCAAGUACCGAGGCGUCAGCUAUGGGCCAGGUCGCCAGAGCCUGCGGCUGGUGAUGGAGUUCGUGCCCGGAGGCUGCCUUCGCGACUUCCUGCAGCGCCACCGCGGGCGCCUGGGCGCCAGCCGCCUGCUGCUGUUCGCCUGGCAGAUCUGCAAGGGCAUGGAGUACCUGGGUGCGCGCCGCUGCGUGCACCGCGACCUGGCGGCGCGCAACAUCCUGGUGGAGAGCGACGCGCACGUACGCAUCGCCGACUUCGGUCUCGCCAAGCUGCUACCGCUGGGCAAGGACUACUACGUGGUCCAUCAACCGGGACAGAGCCCGGUCUUCUGGUACGCCCCCGAGUCCCUGGCGGACAACGUCUUCUCGUGCCAGUCUGACGUGUGGAGCUUCGGGGUGGUCCUGUACGAGCUCUUCACCUACUGCGACAAGAGUUGCAGCCCCUCGGCCGAGUUCAUGCGCUUGAUGGGCGCGGAGCGAGAGGGACCCGUGCUUUGCCGUCUCCUGGAGCUGCUGGCCGAGGGCCGCAGGCUGCCUGUGCCACCCGCCUGUCCCCGCGAGGUUCAGGAGCUCAUGAAGUUGUGCUGGGCACCCAGCCCUCAGGAGCGGCCGUCCUUCAGUGCCCUGAGCCCUCAGCUGGACGUGCUGUGGCAAGGAAGUCCAGGGUAGCCUCCACCGGGUGUGGUGCCUUGCCUGCUGGCCCCUUUCCAAGACAGACACCAUUCCACUCCCUGCUACUGGCUGCUGACCUGAAGCAGGGCACCGCCCCUCACAGCAUCCAAGUCUUCACCAAGUGCCCUGGGUUUGCAAAAAAAAAAAAAAAAAAAAAACAAUGGUUCCCCUCCCCACCUCUGGAGGCAAGGGAUAAAAUUUAAGCCCCUCCCACCCUAUCCCUUUCAGCUUGAAUGGGUGACAUUAAUUUCCCUUUACAUAGAUAAUCCCAGGUCUCCAAUCACCUCUCCUGGCCUGUUUGAAAGCCUCCCUCCCCCAAACUCAUUCAUCUCUCUGAACCCCAACUUUCAUGUCCUCAUAGUUUCCCUGUCAGUAUGAAAGCACUGCUCUGGACUCCAUAUCUGUCCUGUCCAAGAGUCUGGGAUGGUGUAUGUGACCUGCAGUGGCUGGGGCUGGGGGGCUCCUGGGGAACUGGGAUGAGGCCUCGGGAGUGUGUGUGGAGUGAUUCAAGUUCAGAGGCAGGUGGUUUGUGGCUGAACUUGCUCAGGAGGGUGAGGUUGUAGCCUGGAGAAGGGACAGCAGGAAGAGGCCUUGGCUGGGACCCCAAGGACACAUAUCCUCCCGUCAUGCCCCAGCUGAGGGCCUUGGCCCUACUGAGGAACAGUGUGCUCUGGGGGGCAGCUGGAGGCCAAGGCAGGGGGAGACCAGCAGAGGCCAGCUGCCAGACUGGCCCUGUGCAUACCCAGAACAGAGAGAGAGGGGUUAAGGCUGCCCUCACCCUCGAAAGACCCGAUGUCAGGGGAAGGGCAAGGGGGCUGCCUUCUCCCAGCCUCAGUUUCCCUUUUGGCAAAACUGAAUCAAAUAUGCCCUUCUACAUUUCUGUGCAUAAGGAUCUUACUAUGCAGCUGGGGCUUACCUCAACCUUGUGGCAAUUCUCCUGCCUCAGCUUCCCACCACUAUACCUGAGGUGGCCUUUUGUUGACUUAGAAAGUUAGGAGGAUAGCCGGGCGUGGUGGUGCACGCCUGUAAUCCCAGCACUUGGGAGGCAGAGGUAGGAGGAUUGCCAUGAGUUCGAGGCCACCCUGAGACUACAUAGUGAA